AAAUAUUGGUGGGGGUAUCACGUGGUCUUACGAGUGCAAGUGCAAUAUAAAUUUCCUAUUUCUCUAUUAUAUUAUUGUUCAGCAAAGUAGUAUCUAAAUUUAGUCAGGAAUUGCACAAUGAACCAAUGAUGUACUGACAUUUUAAUACGAUAAACGAUAAUUCACAUUCAUUGCAGUUUGCUUUUUUACAGUGUCUUUUCAAACAUAAAAGGGCUGUUACUCCUUUUUCUAGUUUCUGUGAAUUUCAUAAGCAAUACAUCAUUUUUCAGGUGAAUAACAGCUUACAUUAAAAUGGAUGUAAAAAAAAUUAUGGAUUUUAUGGAAUUAAUUGGUCGAUUAAAGGUAACAUCUCAAAAGAACAGGUUGGGUAAUUAGAAAUAUUCCUGACCCUGAAACUAUUUCAGGGCAUAUGUACAGAAUGGCUAUGUUAUCUUUUCUAGUUGAUCCUAAAGAGAAUUUAGAUAAAUCCAAACUGAUUGAAAUGGCAUUGGUUCAUGAUUUAGCUGAGUGUAUAGUUGGAGAUAUUACACCGCAUUGUGGAGUUUUACCAGAAGUUAAACAUAGGAUGGAAGAUGAAGCAAUGGAACAAAUUUGUAAAAAUCUAGGAGAUAGAGGAUCUGAAAUAUUGAAACUGUUUAGAGAGUAUGAAAAACAAGAAUCAGCUGAAGCCAGAUAUGUUAAAGAUCUUGAUCGAAUUGAUUUAUUAAUGCAAGCCUUUGAAUAUGAAAAGCGUGAUAACAGUCCAGGUCAUUUACAAGAAUUUUUUAAUUCUACACAAGGAAAAAUUAAAGAUCCAUUUCUUGGAGACAUAGUGAAAGAAAUUAAUAGUCAACGAGAAGCACUUUUUAAAGUAAGAGAAAGUGGUAAUUAAUAUACCAUUUUACUUAGCUAAAAAUAAUUUGAAUACUAAAAUAAUAGAAUAAAAUUUUUCUUAUGCCAUUCGUGUAAUGCAAAUGUGUUGUUUC